AUGGCGACCGGUGGCUACCGGGCCGGCGGCAGCAGCACCACCGACUUCCUGGAGGAGUGGAAGGCGAAGCGCGAGAAGAUGCGCUCCAAGCAGAACCCCUCGGGCUCGGCGGCGGGCGGCGGGGACGCGGCCGGGAAGCCCCCCACGGGGCUGCUGGGCACCUCGGCGGCCGCCGUGGCCAACGAGCUCAACAAUAACCUCCCGGCCGGCGCAGCCGCACCUGCAGCCCCGGGCGCCGGGGGCGUGAACUGCGCCGUCGGCCCCGCGGCUCUGGCCCGGGCGGUCCCGGGGGCGCGGAGGCUGGAGGACGAGGCCCCGGCGGCCAUCGCCCCCGCCUCGGGGGCAUCCCCGUCCCGGGGCGACGAGGAGGAACCCGACGGCGCCCGGGAGAAGGGCAAGAGCUCGGGCCCAAGCGCCCGGAAAGGCAAGGGGCAGAUCGAGAAGAGGAAACUGCGGGAGAAGCGGCGCUCCACCGGCGUGGUCAACAUCCCCGCGGCAGAGUGCCUAGAUGAAUAUGAAGAUGAUGAAGCAGGGCAAAAAGAGCGGAAAGAAGAAGAUGCAGUUACACAGCAGAACACACUGCAGAAUGAAGCUAUAAGCUCUCUAGAUCCAGGCACUUCCUACCUGCUACAAGAAACAUCUAGAACAGUUUCAGGCAGAUUCAAAAGUACAACCACUCCCUCUGAAGAAGAUGUCUCGAGUCGAUAUCUCCGACCAGAAAGAAGUGGAUUCAAUAGAUACAGCAGAGAUACCAGUGCUUCCAGUAGUUUGGCCUCAGGUAGCAGCUUGGAAAAGAAAAUUGAAGAUCUUGAAAAGGAAAUAGUAAGAGAAAGGCAAGAAAAUAUCAGACUUGUGAAAUUGAUGCAAGAUAAAGAAGAAAUGAUCGGGAAACUCAAACAAGAAAUUUAUUUGUUAAAUAGAGACCUAGAUGACCUAGAAGAUGAAAAUGAACAAUUAAAGCAAGAAAAUAAAACUCUUUUGAAAGUUGUUGGGCAGCUGACAAGGUAG